UAUGUAACCUUUAAAACCAAGUCUUUCAAAUCAAUUAUUGAUCAACGGGACGUGAGAAUCAAUCCAGUCACAAUUUUCAGUCACAUACCAAAAAAAGACCAAAUAAAAUCACUGAGGUUUAUUAUUUUUUAUGUUUAUAACAUGAUUUAGUUAAAAAACCCACUAAUUAUUAUAAAUAUUAUCAUUAUUUUUCUUUUUCAAAUUACAAUUGGGGAAACACCGCCCUCUAGCGACGCCUCCUGAGUACUACAGCUGAAGCGGCUUCAUCCGGAUUCUCCGGUCAGCUGAUUAAAAACCCGGAAGUAAACACUAUCCCCUCAGAGUUGCAGCAAGAAACAACUGCACGUGGAUUUAUUAAGUGUUCACGGAUGUUUUGUUGUGGUUUAUUGUUAUUUACGGUUGUUUUUAAUUCAUGGGCGUGACGUCACAUCCUCAAAUAUCCUUCUAAAACAGCGUGGCUUUGAUUUUUGUGUCUGUUUUUCUGCAGCAGCUGUGGGUUUGUUUGUUUUCAUCACCCCCGGAUUUUCACUCGUUUCACUUCGUUUAGUCAGGUGGCCCAGUGAGGCUGCAGGUGCAGCUGCUGACCCCUCCUCCCGAUGAAGGUGUUUCGCAGUCCGGGUCGUCAUGGUUACGCCGUGGAAGCUUCACCGUUCCUGCCUCGCAGAUUUGCCUGCGCUGCCUCGCAGUUCUACGGCCUCACUGGCUGUGGUUCUCUCCUGGUCCUGGACGACUCUGACUCUGGAGUUACUCUAUUCAGAAGCUGGGAGUGGAGUGACGGUUUGUUCGACGUGACGUGGAGCGAAACCAACGAGCAUGUGUUGGUCGCUGGGGGCGGAGACGGCAGCCUGCAGCUGUGGGACACAGCCAAUCACAGCGCUCCGCUGAGGGUGACCAGAGAACACACUCAAGAGGUGUACUCUGUAGACUGGAGUCAGACCAGAGGAGAAAACCUCAUCGUCUCUGGUUCGUGGGAUCAAACGUUGAAAGUGUGGGAUCCAACACUCAGUCGCUCACUGACGACGCUCAGAGGUCACGAAGGGGUCGUCUACAGCUCCGUUUGGUCGCCUCACAUCCCAGCAUGCUUUGCUUCAGCCUCAGGUGACGGGACGCUCCGGGUCUGGGACGUGAAAGCCGCCGCCUGCCGUUUGGUCAUCGCCGCUCACCACGCCGAGGUCCUGAGCUGCGAUUGGUGCAAAUACGACCAGAACAUUGUGGCCACAGGCUCAGUCGACUGCAGUGUGUGUGUGUGGGACCUGAGGAACGUACGACAGCCUGUCGCUCGACUGAGAGCUCAUAACUACGCCAUCCGCAGAGUCAAGUUUUCUCCGUUCGGUUCCACGCUGUUAGCAUCCUGUUCCUACGACUUCACAGUCAGGUUCUGGGAUUACAGUCAGAACCAGCAGCCUCUUCUGGACACGUUAGAACAUCACACAGAGUUCGUCUGUGGAUUAGACUUCAGCCUGCACGUCCCCAACCAGUUUACCUGAACUAAUGACUUGUUAGUGGACUAAAUGUCCUGGAGCUGUGGCUGUGCGCGGUUACCAUGACAACAGGACAGCGAUAACAAAUGCAGAGGUGUUUUCUCAUCAUCAGCUUCAGGCUCUCAUUCUUUUAAUUAUUCUUUCUUCUUCUUUUCUGUUUUUCUUUCAAUUUAAAAGACGUCGUCAGACUUUGAACUUUCUCUUACUUAGCUUCCCUU